GAAAGAUAUGCAAUAUCAGCAUUCAUUUUGAGAGGAUCAGGAUAUAAAAGCAAGGAUGUCAAGGCUUAAUAAGACAUUAUUCAGACUGGACUUGGGGAAUGGUCUAUAUAAUAAACAUUACACACAUUAUCGCUUAGUUACGGAUUACAGUGAAUUCCACCUCAUCUGUUACAGUAAUGAACUUUACAACACUGCUGCUUGGACUUGGGAGUCACAUUUUCAUCAAAGUCCAAGAAAAACAAUUGCAUCAGCAUUGAAAUCUCAGCCUGUGAAUGUCAGUGAGAGCCACUUUGUCAAUCGACUGAUGCUCACAGCUACAACUUUUAACGGUUGGAAUUUAAGUAUGAGGGUUUUUCCUGUGGUGUUUGAAGAUGCAGGAUAUUACACCUGUACUCUGGAAAGAAGUGUAUUUACGAGUAUCAGACUAAUCACAGUUAAAGUCACAGCUGAACUGUCUGAUACAGUGACUGAGGGAGACACAGUUACCCUGAGAUGCUCUGUGUCUGACACCACUACAUCAAUGAGACUGGUUUGGAUCAACAGAGACAGUGAAACUGUUGGAGAAAAAACACUGAAUGGGGAAGAGAAAUCACUGAGUCUGGUCAUACAGAAAGCUGUGAGAAGCAGAGGGAACUGGAUGUGUGGUGUGUUUGAUCAAGAAAGUCUCCAACUUUCACUACCAUAUAAUCUGGAAGUCACAGUGAAAUCACUUCCGGACCGUUGGUUCACCACAAAUGCUGGAUACCUGUUUGUUAAACUGGUCGUUGGUCUUGGACUCAUCUACAGUUUGAUGAAGAAAAACAGACAGAUCAUGCCUCAGGGAUGUAACAGAAGGGGACGAGCCAGAGGCCAGAGAAGGAGAGGAAUGUCGCAUCAGAGUUACAAGGUGACAGAAUUCAGAUGAAGUGAGAGGAAGAGCAACAGAUGCUUCACAGGAAGAUGCCACAUUUCAGGCUUCGAAAUCUGAUACUGAUCUGAGAUUUGUGAAUGAACAUUGCAGCCCGCAGGUGUCUACUCGGCCCAUCAUGUCCAUUCCCCAGAGAGAUGCACAGGUUCAAGAAUCCAGAUUGAUACAGCUUGGAAACUUUGGAACCUGACUUCUGAUUUUACUCUCAAUUUAUUGCCUGUAACAUGAAAACUUAAUUCCCCAAAGAAAAUAUUGCAAGCAAUUUUCACCUCAGUACUGGUAACUGUGCUUGGCAAGAAUAUUCUUUCCAGGCAACUGUAUAAAUUUCCAAACUCGAGAAGGUACCUUUGUAAGCAGCUCAAACACAGGCAGACUGGAGAGCACAGCAACAUUUUGGACAAAAUUUGUUGCACUUCCUUUACAGUGAGAACUUUGUCAAGAGAUGAAAUUUGCACACAAAUCUCUGUCUAGCAUUUUAUCAACUAUUGCACAGCUGCAGCAAAGCAUUCUUGCUUGAAUAUUUAAUUGCUCUUGUAAUCAGUGCCAACAAUAUACUGUUUGCCUUGUUAAUAGCUUACUGCUCCAGAACCCACUUCUUGCUUUCUGUAUUUGAAGUACAAAGACACCAAGAUUUAGUUGCAACUUCCAUUUACCCAUUCUAUUAUCAUUCACAUUCUAUUUCUUUCAGCUUUUAUGGCCAUAACUCAGUGUAGCAUCGUGGCAUUUUGGUAAUUGUAACAUCAUUAUAGUGCCAGCAAACCAGCUUCAAUACUGCUACUGUCUGUAAGGAGUACGCACGUUCUCCCUGUGACUGCGUGGGUUUCCUCUGUUUGCUCUGGUUUCCUCCCAUAAUCCAAUGACAUAGGGGCUAAUAUGUUAAUUGACCACAUGGUGUAAGCACAAGCUUAUUGGGCCAAUAUUACCUUUUACUGUGCCCUUCAUCUAAUUAAAAAAAUAGAUAAUAUAUGCUUCUUCAAUAUAGUCAAUGUCUAUAAUGUAACAAUUAGUGGCACUAUCUGUCAUGAAUACCUCUAAUCUGAAAGACUUUGGAAGGUUUAUGAAAUAAUAAGUCUGGAGUUUGUGAAUUAGACUCAUAUGAUUGUAGAACACAGAAGCUCACCGUGUCCAUUCUCACCACCCAGAAUCCAUUUCCUAUCAGAGGGCAAGUGCCGGUACAACACAGCUAUCACAACAAUAAUGAUAAGACUCUGAACAUAGACUGAAUUCUCUGUUGCCUGCAUAAUAUGUCAUUCUGAAUCUAGAAGCAGCUUAUAUUGUACU